AUGUCUCCCUCAGACAACCCAAACACACAGACACCCUCUUCCACUGCCACAUCACUUGUUGUUUUCAACAUCACUGCCCAAAUAAAUGAGAAACUCACACCCUCCACAUUUCCACAGUGGCGUCCUCAAUUUGAAGCCCUCCUCAUUGGCUACAAUCUGAUGGAUUAUGUAACCGGUGAUUUAUUGUGUCCAUCAUCUGAUGGCAUCGCUUCUUCCAUUUCUCAGAAAACCCACUGGGUUAGACAAGACAAACUCAUCCUCAAUGCUAUCCUUGCAUCUACAUCCACCACUAUUACCCCACUCAUUGCCACUGCCAAGACCUCUCAUGAGUCAUGGAAAAAAUCAACCACCAUGUAUGCAAGCAAAUUGCGCACAAAAGUUAUGCAACUCAAGGAAGAACUCACCUUGAUCCAACGAGGGAAUCAACCGGUUCUAGACUAUUUACAUGCUGUCAAAGCCUUAGCCGAUGAGAUCGCCCUCAUUGAUCACCCAAUUUUUUAUGAUGAUCUCACUUUCUUUGUUCUCAAUGGCUCGGGUCCCAAUUUUACGGAAAUUGCUGCUCCCAUUCGGGCAAGGGAAAAAUCCCUUAUUUUUUAG